AUGAACACAGAAGAGAAUUUUCAUGACAAGCCUCAGUCCAGAAGCAGAAGGAGGCAUGAUCUCCAGGAGAUGCUGACAGAAGUGGGACUGUCUGCUGACUACUGGGUGCCUAAGCUACAAGAAGACCUAGGUGUGACCUCUGCCCAGGCCUUUCAAUAUUUAGACAGAAGAGACAUCCAGAAGCUGAAGUACCAGACAAAACACACAUGGGAGAAAAAGGCUCUGGAGAAGCUGCUUGACCUCUUGAAGCCAAAUAGUGUUGCAGAGCUGCAGGAGACUCCAGAGAAGAUGAUAAAGAACAGGCAGAGGCAGGCAGGACAGGCACUACAGGAUCUGAAAGCCUUGCAGUCAGAAGGGAAGCUCAGAGAAGAAGAAGCAGUGAGGAGAAAAGAAGCAGAGCUGAGGCAAGCACUGGAGAUCACAGAGGAGUGCUGGCCAGUGCCUGAAGUGCCCCUAAAAGACAUCACUGAAAUAAUGGAGCGACAUCUCAGUCACAUGGAACAGACCCUGGCUCACAGUCAAAACCUCUCAGAUAGAGACCUGGUAAGAUGGGCAUCUGGAGGGCUGGCCCUGCAGGGAAUUUAUAAGACCUGCCACCAAAAAGACCUAGUGGCAAGGAGAGAAGCUCUUCUUAGGGUCCCCAAGGAAUUCUUCCUCUUUGGAUCUGAACAAGGUAAAAGGAUAGAAGCAAAAGAAUUCACAUCUUCUCAGGAAGAAUCCAUGUUUACUGAAGCUGUCCAGAAGCUGGGAUUUGGAGCAAUGGUAUCAAGCAAGGGUGGACUCUGGGGAUUUAGUUCAGAAUUUGGUAUCAAGCAAAGCAAACACUCAGAAUGGAAGGACACCCACCAGUCAAACUCAGAACAUUCUUAUUUCUGUUCAGCAAAGUAUAGCUAUGUGCCUCUGGCCUCCUUCCACUUUCGAACUGAUCAGCUUCAGCUCUCCACAGCUGCUCUCAAGGAGUUGAAAAUCAUUGAAGAGCAACUGGAACACACUGAAGGAGCAGACAAAUUCCUCUCACUGAGAAACAAGACUGAGAAAUUCUUCAACAGAUUUGGUUCUCAUGCUAAUCAAGGCCCUUUGCACCUUGGGGGAAUCUACUGCUCGAAGGCCAUUUCAGAGGGUUUCAAAAGUGACCAGCUCGAUCAUGUGAAGCAACAGGCAGCAGAGGCUUUAGACAGUUACAUGAAGGGGAGCUACAAUGGUUUUGGAGUUGAAGUUGGAGCCAAGACGAAAACAUCAGAUUCAUAUUCAGUGAGAUCCUGCCAGAAUGCAAGUAAUCAACAGCUCCAAAUCAAUGUUCAAGUCUCUGUGGCCCAGACAGGUGGACCAGCAGAAGCAAAUGGAAUUGUCCAGUGGACAGCUGGCCUUCUCACAAGCAACAAAACCUGGUCUGUCAUCGACAAGGGACUUCACUUGGUGCCCAUUUGGAACAUCAUCCUCAAUAUCCACAGAAGUUAUUUUAAGGAUCCUCUUCAAGUGGCUAAAUGUUUGAAAGACAACUACACUGCACUGACUGGCCUUUCUGCUCAGAUACAGGAUGAGGAAUAUGUGUAUAGUACUGGGCAAGAAACUAGACUUUUUCAAAAGAAUAUGAAAUCCCUAGAGGUUUCUGAUUAUGAGGGGAAACUUAAGAUACUGAUAGAUUCCAUGCAAAUACUGCAUCAAAAAAUUAAAAAUUAUGCCAUUUGGAUUUACAUGUUUCUCACAGAUUGGCAAUUGCAGAAUUUUCUACUAAGCACAGUCAACAUUCUGAAAAAAGCUGCUACUUUUAUAACUCAAUUCAUUAGUGCCCAGGAGUGUAGACUCAAUGACGGGGACUAUAAAGCCACCACUGCUUCUUUGCAGAUGAAAAAACAGUUGCAAUGGCUCUACCCUAAAAAGAAACAGACUUAUAACAAAAAAAAUCAUGAAACUAAUGCAAAGGAAAUGAUACAAGUGGGAUCUUUCCUGGAAUUACUCCAGCGUCUAGCCCUAGAACAUUUCUACCCAAAAAGGAUGAGCAGAGCUGACUUCCAUCUGAUCUACAAGACAUCGGUACACAAAUACCAGCCAAGAUCUGAACAGGAACUUCCUAACUAUUUCCUACAAAAACUACUGAUGUUGGAUUGCAGGUUGAGAAAGCUGACCUGCAAAGAUGAAGAAGACCAUGUCUUUAAAAGUUCCUUCUGUCAGAAAAAUGAGGCUUUAGAUCCAUAUGAAGAGUCCGUUGAAGACAGUGAUGACAUCAUGAAGUCAUUAGCCAAAACGUCACAGCCCCACAUUCACCCAAUGGAUAUCCAGAUGGCUAUUUUACACUGUGCAGAUGAUCUUGCCAGGCAAUAUAUUUUGUCGAAACUUUCUAUUUGUCAAUAUGCCCUCCCCCUUGUGGUGCCAAAUCCUAAUUCUUCUCAAAUCUAAUUCUUUCUCUGGUCUCUCAGACAAAUUAGGAGAAGUUGGCAAGAAUCAAGUGAGUCAGCGCAGGACAAAAGCUACAGUCACAAGGAUCAGCAGAUAUGCUGUGUCCCUACCCCCAUUGUAUCCUUCAUUAGAGUUGGAAAUGGCCUCUCUGCUUCCAAAUCUCAGAUCAUGAACUCUCUUCUCAGUAAAUGUAAGCAUGAUGUGUUUUUUCACAGACACUGCAGAGGAAGCAACAAACACUGCCUCUUGAUGGAGGGAGUGGUAGAAAUCUGCUGGUUCUGUCCUGGAGGCCUCGAUGAUGACUUAUUUGACAAGUGUCUGACCUUCACCAAUCUUCAUGGAGAUGCCAAGGAACAUAGACAACAACUCAGCUUCCUGCAAGAUAUCUCUUCUCUUAUUGUGAUCCUCAUGUCAGCUUCUGAUAACAAUAAAGAAAAUCAGAAGCUUAUCAGACACCUCUGUCAGUCAUCAACACCUUUGAUCUGCUUGAUUGAUGACAAAGAAAAUGCCGUAGCAAAUAAUUCUGGUAAAAGAAUGAAAAUUGGCAUCAAGAAUAGAAAUGAGGCAGAAUUAACAGAGGAGCUCACAAAUACCAUCAAACAUUUACUAGAGUUCUCUGAAACUUCUCUCAGCAUAGCAGACUGUUCACAGCUGACUAGAAAACAAGGAUUUCUAGUUGAUGAAGACCAGAGAGACUGCAAGGAAGCCAAAGAAAAGGCUGAGAUUAUAAUGGCUCUAUUAUCAGAAUGGAAAUUAUCAAAGAUAAAGGAAAAUUUGCUUCCCCUUCAGGGAAAACUCUGGCAUAUUUGGUGUAAAAAAGACAAAGAACUAUAUCAUCUGACAGAAAAAGGAAAUCGAAGUAUUGAACAACAUAAAAGUGAGAUUCACAUACAGAAACAAAAAAUACGAUACCAACAAUUAGAAAAAGUCUUUCAUCUCAAUGAUGUAAUGCAUUCUUUCCUGGAUAUUCUUCAAGAAUAUGAAGGUGCUUCAUUCAAACACUACUUCCUGCACUGGCUGAGUUUGUUUCUGCACAACUUAACCAUAGGGCAUUUGGUGAAAUUACAGCAAGAACACUAG